GAUACUUCAAUUCCUAAUUCCAGUACUCGAGAUGCUCAGGGCUCAGUCAUCUCUGUAGUCUGUAUCGUUAGUCACUAUACUACCCUUUGUAAACAUGUUUUUAUGAUGUUUCCGUUUAGAUCUAGUCUUCUGGAUUGCAUUGUUUCGGAUAGAAUCCAGUGGAAUGUCGGCCUCCUGAAUUCCAAAGUGUAAAAAUCUUGCAAGAUGUCCACCAAGUUUCGGAAUAUUCUUAUUGGUUUAACAUUGAUGGUGCUUGUUUUUUGUCUUCUUUCCGUUUAUACGUGCUCCGGUUCAUCAUGUUUUGGAAUGACGAGCCCGACCGCUGCUCCCUUCAAAAACGAUUUUGAUGCUUAUUUACAAGGGAAACUUCUGAAGCACAGUUUUAGUCAAAGUUCUUUAGAUAGGUCUCGACAUGUUAAUCUUGAAGCUGACGACGUGUUAGUUUAUUUACACAUUCAGAAGACAGGGGGAGCGACAUUCGGUCGACACCUCGUUCAUAAUCUUGAUGUCCAACCCCCUUGUGAAUGUGAACCUGGUGUGAAAAAGUGCGAAUGUUUCACCAGAAAUAACAGGGUUUGGCUCUUCAGCCGCCACUCGACGGGAUGGAUGUGUGGCGUUCACGCUGACUGGACCGAACUUCAUGACUGUGUUGACGAAUGGUUUCAAGAGAAUGAUGUCAAGUCCAGAAAGAACAGAAGGUACCACUAUAUCACAUUUCUGCGUGAUCCACUCCCACGGUUUUUGAGCGAGUGGCAACAUGUUAGACGCGGCGCCACAUGGAAAGCGGCUCGCUUACAUUGCAAUGGGCACGAGGCCACGCUAGAGGAAGUGCCCUUCUGUUAUACAGGGGAGGACUGGACCGAUGUGACUUUUGAGGAAUUCAUUUCUUGCAAGCACAACUUGGCCUUUAACCGCAUGACCCGGAUGUUGGCCAACCUCACCAAGGUCAACUGCUACGACUGGUCAAGCCUGGAGCCAGCGUUUGUCAACUCCACCCUGCUAGCCAGCGCCAAAGAGAACCUUCUCGAGUUUGCCUUCUUCGGGAUCGUGGAGGAGCAGAGGAAGACACAGUUCCUGUUUGAGCGCACGUUUGGCCUGCGGUUCAUCGAGAACUUUGAGCAGCGAGAAAACACCCACGUCAGCCGCAUCGACAUCACGGGAGAGAUGCAGCAGCGUGUGAUUCACGCCAACGGUCUAGACGUGCAGUUGUAUCAAUACGCCAAAGAUAUGUUCCUUCAGCGAGUCCGAGCGAUGGAGAAGAAGCUCAACUACACCGUGGAAGAGUAUUUCGAGUCGAUACGAGAUGGAGCUGUUGAGGAGGAGGAGGAAGAGACAGUUGAUGAAGGGAGGAUGUUUGAGGAUCCACUCGAUGACGAAGCGGAAGAGGCAGGAGGAGAGUUUUCCCCACCACGGAGGAGUGGUCCUGUGAGGUCGAGCAGACGCGGUGAGUCUCCCAACCUCAGGCCAAUGAGAACAUUGCAGCGACGACAACAUGUGGAGGGGAGGGAGGGGAGUUGAUGGUUCCUUGUCCAUGUUGUUACAAAUGUGUCACGCCGCGCUGGAUUCAGGCGCUCGUCAAUUUUUGGACAUAUGAAGUUAUCGGUGUCAUCUUAAAGCUUGUUUACCUGUCUUGCAAUUGGUGGAAAAACUACCCAUCUAUCUUGAAUCGAAGCCAAGAUGUUUGCCAUGGAAGGAGGUGGGGGUAGCCUGGUAUCAGAGGUAAAAUUAGCAAGAAAGUGGCCGCCAAAGUUUUGUGAUUUCCAAAACUUGAGUGUCCUUGGAAAUUGCUAAUUAAAAUUUUCUCUGCCUUUGACCAAUGUUUUACAGUACAAUCCAUGCAGAAAUGUGGUUUUAAAUGGAUGUAGAAGGUAUAGAGCCAAAAAAAGAAAAUUAUAAAAAAAUUGCCCCAGAAAAAUGCCGCUUUCCCUGAUUUCUUUAUAUUGACGAGUGCCUGAUUGCACGCUGCCUCACAAAUGUUCUGUCUGUUACGCAAAAAUGUCAAAGAUGUCGCUACUCCACGGAAGUGUCUUCAUAUCCUGUGGGGCUUCCGUGGAAACGUGUUUCUGAAAUCUAUCGGUGACAGCUGGUGUUGUUGAUGCUGUUACACGAUUUGUCACUCUGCUGGGCCCCUGUGUUAUGUGGGGCGGAGAGGACUGGACGUACGGAGAACUUGUGCCAUUCUGUACAGGACAAAUGUGUGUGUGAUGACGCUGCAUGUCUGUCAAUGUUUCCGAUGUCGUAGUGUGCUUGGUGACGACCCCCGACUUCUUCCAUGACCACUCACUUACUCUUUUCUGCUUGCAAUAAUAUGAAUUUCACGUUUACUGCCAUACAAGGUGGAAAGAUCUAAGAAUCUUAGUACAACUAAUUGCUUGCCGGUAGAUAUGAGGUAAUAUAUUCAUGAUUUUGCCAGUAGACAUGAGAUAAUAUAUUCAUGAUUUUGCCAGUAGACAUGAGAUAAUAUAUUCAUGAUUUUGCCAGUAGACAUGAGGUAAAAUUGUUGUUGUAAGGUCACUAUUCUGUCCCCACUGACGAUUUGACCUAUUUUACAAGGUCACAGUUCAGAAUGGUUUUGUAACCUCUGACCCUUUCACUUUUUUUUCCUUUGUGGAAGUUUCCAUAUAAUAUGACCUCUGCUUGUCUGCUAUGACCUAUGACCUCUGCUUGUCUGCUAUGACCUAUGACCUCUGCUUGUCUGCUAUGACCUAUGACCUCUGCUUGUCUGCUAUGACCUAUGACCUCUGCUUGUCUGCUGUAACCUCAAGCCAGUGCUGAUAGCUGUUGACAAAUUCCUUUGGCUUUGAGAUCAGGUGCUGACUGGAUACGUUUAAAAAAAAAAAUCUGGACAAAGCUCCCACUUAUCUUAGGGAUCUCAUCCGAAUUAAAGUUUUCUCUGUAGUCCAUUCACCUAAUGUGGAACACUUUGGAAGCAAGAUUUCUCAUCAACCAUUUGUUUGAUGGUAACCAAAGUAGAGUGAUGUUUUUAGUGUAUUUAUGCACCCGGGACGUUAUUAAAAAAUGCAGCUUAAGUCUUUAAUAACCAACAGUGGCGGUGGCUAGAUCAAAUUUUCGGUGGAGCUUAGACUGCCGACACUUCGACUUUACCACCAAAUUUGCAAGCAAUAAGCCCUAAACAGUACCGAUUUUUCUUUACUCUCGGUGAGCCACGGUAUUUUGAGAACCAUUCAAACGAGAAGAGUCACCUUGUCGCCUUUGUCUUCCAUCUCUUUGUUUUUAGUUAGAUUCUUCUGGAUGGAAAAGUUACCUUAAAAGUCGAUCGACAUGAUUUAUAACUGUUAAACCUCAGCAACACAAACACAAACAUACACACACUGCACUUCAAACAUAGCCUGUCUAUGAGCUGGACUAGGCUUGUAGUCGCGGAAAGUAGAACGCACCUAACAAUUAAUGUCCAAUCAGCGUGUAGGUAUCUGUGUCAGUGGGGGGAAAAUGUGUCGUAAACUUUCACUCCAUUGUCAGGGCUAGGAGAGCUUGAGCCCAUGGUACAGUGUUAUUUUUGGCAGUCCUCUACCUUUUUUCAAGAAGCGUUUCAUUACGGAAGGGGCGUGUGAAUGGGCUCAUUCUGUGCUGAGCCCUAAAGACAUUUGAUUGGCUGUUAGGAUACUAUACUUGUAAGCAGUGACAAUAGUGAUUGGAUAAACGAGCAAGCUGCCAAGUUGAUCAAUCUGUGUUCAUUGCGUGCGGCCAUAACGGUUUCAACUGUUUAUUUCAUUAUUUAGGAAACUUUCAUUUACUUUGGGAUGGAGUUGGGAGGGGGGGGCUCAACCUGUGAGCCCUUCACUACCCACCGCCUCUGAUAAUAAAUCAAUUAAUGUCUGGUUGAAGAAUGACUUUCUUAUUACUACAGCUCCUUGAGUGUUGACAACGCCGACAUAUCUAUAGGCUAGAUGUAUCUUUGUAGGCUACAGGGCCCUAUGUAUCAUUGUAGGGUACAGUAUGCCGUUUCCUAGGACAGUACAGCUUUAGAGUCGUUAAACUUUGGAGGCCAUUUUCAAUUUUCUCACUAAUUUUAGUUGAGCAGACACCAGGCAACCCCUACCUCCUAUGUCUGCAAAUAUCUCUAUGUUCGUUCGGAAGAGAUGGACACCCUUUUUCAUGAAGAGCAUGGCAAAAGAACAGGUGUUUUUGACUCUAGCAUAACUCCGUGUGGCCUGUGAUGAACGCCUGACGGAGACCAGACGUUCAGGAGUUCCUUCAUCAACUACAUAUGUGUCAUCAUAUAUGUCAUCAUAUAUGUGUCAUCUCAGUGAUGAUCAUCAUCUCAAGAGCUCCCGGGGAAGGAGGGGGGGGAAAAAUUAUCUGAAAGAUCCUUUGUCCACCUUGGCCCAUCUGUUUUAACCACCCCCCCCCCCCCUAAACCC